UCCUCUCACACGGCGAUUUCCAUAGUCGAUGCCUCGAAGAUCAGCUUCUCUCCAUCUCCGGAACCCGGAACGCACCCCUGUGACUCUCCUGCUAUGGAGAUCAGUGACCCGGCGACGGUAGAGGCACUAACGAAGGCAGCGGACCUCUUGCGCAGGGGUCAGUGCGUUGCUUUCCCGACCGAAACGGUCUACGGUCUGGGUGCAGAUGCUACGAGCACUGUUGGAGUGAAUAGUAUAUAUGCCGCGAAGCAGCGGCCGCUGGAUAAUCCUUUGAUAGUACAUGUUUCUUCUUUAAGGCAAUUGCGGGGAAUACUCGCUCCUGCCGGCUCGGCCGCGACUACGAACGGACACACAACGAAUACAUGUGAAGGAGAGAUCCCCGAAGUCUACAAUGCUUUAAUCUCAAAGUUCUGGCCAGGGCCGUUGACUAUCCUCCUCCCGCUGCCUGCUACCGACAGUCCGCUGUCCACAUCCGUCACAGCCGGGCUGCCGAAGUUCGCUGUUCGUCUGCCGUCUCACCCCAUCGCUCGGGCACUCUGCCACCUUUCUUCCCUCCCCCUCGCCGCCCCUUCUGCCAAUGCUUCGGGGAACCCAUCCCCGACCAGCGCGUCACACGUGCUCACCGAUCUCCGGAACCGCAUCCCGUUAAUCAUUGACGGAGGACCUUGCUCCGUAGGUUUAGAAUCAACGGUAGUAGAUGGCCUCCGCGACCCACCCGUGGUCCUUCGCCCAGGAGGCAUAAGUGUUGAGGCGAUCCGCGAGCUAGGCGGGGUCUGGGCGAGGACGGUAAUCUCAAGAGCGUCCCUCGAAGACGCCGCCGACUCCUCCAUCAUCCCCGAAUCUCCCGGCAUGAAAUACAAGCACUACUCUCCCCGCGCCGGCGUGGUCCUGUACGAACCUGGCACUCCCGCUCCCCGCGGAAAGGAUCUGGUGCGCUCCUCAAAGAUCGGCAAAGUAGGCAUUCUCCGGACGCGCACUUGGGAAGCUGGCGCUGGAAAACUCGCGCUGGACAGUUUGACACGCGAGAGCGACGAUGCCAGGAGUGAGUCUUAUGGGAAUAUGGGUGUUGGCGAACUUACCGUUGUCGAGAGGGAUCUAGGCAAGGGCGGGGGGGAGAUUAGCCGCGGGUUGUUUGCUGCGCUGAGGGAGUUGGAUGAUGCUAGUGUCGAUGUUAUCCACGUUGAGGGGAUCGAGGAGGUGCUCGAAGGGUUGGCGGUUAUGAACCGGCUGAGGAAGGCGGCAAGUGUGGUUGUGAGGAAUGUG